GGAAGGGCCGUCCUGAAAAGAGAGGCGGCCCUUGCCUAGGGACCCGCUGGCGAUGCGGUGGCUCCGGGAAGGCCCGGAGGCUCCAAGUGCUUGGCACUGUCGGGGAGCCCUCGGAAUGGGGGCUUAGAGGGGAGGGGAUCCUGGCUGGGAGGAGAAGGGGGUUCUGCAUCUGUGAGACCGCGAGCUCCGGGAUGCUGACUGUGGACUGACGUGGGAGAGGAGGAGGGUGCAGGCAAGGAAGGUCAGGAGCCACUUGGGUGUCAGGAGACUGAGAUUGAUGCGGGCAGGUAGGCUCCGUACUGGGAUGGGCAGGGGGAUACCGGAGAUCAGAAAUCGAUGGGGAAGUCACAGGGAGGAUCUGGAUACUAAUGGUUGGGAGGUGGAUGAAUUACGUGGUGUAGACAGAAGCCAAGGGUAACUCUCGCUUGGAUCCUCUAACUUGAAUGCUAGUAACUAGGAAUGGGGGUUAUGAGCCUUGGGAAUUGACAUACUUUGGUAGAUACUGUAUUGGUUUCAACCGUCCAGGAAGUGUUGAAACUUAGUGCUGGAAAACAGUCAGUCCAAACAAGCUUUAGGAAACUGUAAAGCAGUCAAGGUGUUAACCAUUAAAAAAAAAAAAAAAAAAAAAAAAAAGACUUUCUGAAGUGUAUUUCUGCUCUGCUAGGAAAAAGAGGAGUGGAAUAAGGGACUCCUCUAGAUUUCCAACUACUGAAAUUUGUUUAGGAAAGAGAUGAAUUCAACGUUGAUAAGAAAAAUGUACUCUUUUUGUUGUUGAGAGAAAUAGGUCAAGGAGCAAUUGAAUUUGUUAUUUCAGUCUUUUGGGUUUGGCUGAUAAACCAUUGGGCAAAAGAGUGGAGAGGAGGGGACUAAUGUAGGGACUAGAAAGGGGAAAAAUCACAUAUUAACUCAUUUCCUCUUUAUUUUUUUUUCUUUUUCCUUUCUUGGACAUUUUUUUCAGUGGCAUUUUCUAUCAAAGUUGUUUAUAGAGCACUUAGAGUAAAAUUAUCUGGAUCAUGACUCAUGUCUGUUUGGAAAGCGGGAGAUUUCCAAAGUAUGAUAGCUGAAACUUUUGUAGAUGUCUUCAUCGAACAUAAAGGGAUUUUUGGUAGGUUCUGAUUCAGGACAAGAUGAAUUACCGAUGAAAAGUUUCUUGUCUACUGUGAUUGUUAGAAGUUAUUAAACUUAUGAAACUAUGGCAGAGAGAGAGACAGCAUCAUCUGUACCCCCAAAGUGUGGGCCAUACAUUUCUUCUGUAACUAGUCGGAGUAUGAACCUGAUGAUUCGUGGAGUAGUUCUGUUUUUGAUUGGAGUAUUUCUUGCUUUAGUAUUAAAUCUACUUCAGAUUCAGAGAAAUGUCACACUCUUUCCACCUGAUGUGAUUGCAAGCAUCUUUUCUUCAGCAUGGUGGGUGCCACCAUGCUGUGGCACAGCUUCAGCUGUGAUUGGGUUAUUAUACCCCUGCAUUGACAGGCAUCUGGGAGAGCCACAUAAAUUUAAAAGAGAGUGGUCCAGUGUAAUGCGAUGUGUAGCAGUCUUUGUUGGUAUAAAUCAUGCCAGUGCUAAAGUAGAUUUUGACAACAAUAUACAGUUGUCUCUCACUCUAGCUGCUCUAUCCAUUGGCUUGUGGUGGACUUUUGAUAGAUCACGAAGUGGUUUUGGCCUUGGAGUAGGAAUUGCUUUCUUGGCAACCUUGGUCACUCAACUACUAGUCUAUAAUGGGGUUUAUCAAUAUACAUCUCCAGAUUUUCUUUAUGUUCGUUCUUGGUUACCAUGUAUAUUUUUUGCCGGUGGUAUAACAAUGGGAAAUAUUGGUCGGCAACUGGCCAUGGUUUCUAAGACUAUCUUAACAUAAGAAAUCCUGGAAAGUACUUCACUAAAGGCCUAUCUUGAAGGCUUAUCAUGUAUGGAUGUGACCCUGGGUUUUUGAAGACCUGGCCAACUGAGGGCAAAAGUCUACUAAGCUCUGCUAGGGUCUACUAAACUGGAGAGAAAUUGUCAUCAAAUAUGGGCUCACCGAUCAAAACUUUAUUUUUGGUCGAAUUCUUUUUUAAAAAAAAAACAAACAGAUUACAUGUAUGUUGCCUGAGGAUAGGUCUUGCUAUAUUCAGAGAGUUUGACCAUAGGAUGAUGCAUUUUUAGACCAUUCUUCAAGAUCAUCUACUAAAUUAUAGCAAAAUUGAAUAGGUGGGAACAAAUCUCCUCUAAAAGUAACACCAAGCUCAAAUCCUAAUCGUGGUGAAGUGGGUUCCAACAGGUGCAGAUGAGUGGCAGGGUGGGACAGGUCAUUCAAUCAUUUCCUUUGCAUCUGCCUCUUCUUGAUCCCACUUGGGGCUUACUUGACAAAGAUAAUGGAGUGGUUUGCCAUUCCCUUCCCCAGCUCAUUUUACAGAUGAGGAACUGAGAA